UGUCUCAUUCAGUUCCUUUGCGGUCCCCUUCUUCACCACAUCCCAGAGCAGUUCUUCACAACCAUUCCGACAAGAGCAUCUUGAGUUUAAGACAAUGGAGGAGUUGGAUGCCUUAUUGGAGGAGCUAGAACGCUCUACCCUCCAGGACAGUGAUGAAUAUUCCAACCUAGAACCAGUUUCCCUGGAUCAGCAUCCCCAAAGGGAGAAUAACAUUGCUGAGAUUUCAAAGACCUCACCUGAUCAGGGUCACACAAGUCCCUUGAAGGCGCAACUUGUGGAUACUUCUAAUAUCCAGAAGUCCAAUGUCUACAGUGAAAUCCAAGAGCCAAAGAAAUCACUACCACCACCUAAAACCCCAGCAGCUGCUCAGCUGGAUGAACUCAUGGCCCACUUGAGUGAAAUGCAAGACAAGAUUGUAGUGAAAGCAGAUGCCAGCAAGAAGCACUUACCGGACAAGCAGGAUCACCAGGCCUCCUUGGACUCAAUGCUUGGGGAUCUGGAGCAGGAAUUACAAGACCUUGGGAUUGCCACAGUGCCCAAAGGCCAUUGUGCUUCCUGUAGGAAACCAAUUGCAGGAAAGGUAAUUCAUGCUCUGGGGCAGUCGUGGCAUCCAGAGCACUUCAUCUGUACUCACUGCAAAGAAGAACUUGGUUCCAGUCCCUUCUUUGAGCGGAGUGGCUUGGCCUACUGCCCCAAGGACUACCACCAUCUCUUUUCUCCUCGCUGUGCCUACUGUGCUGCCCCCAUUUUGGAUAAAGUGCUGACAGCAAUGAACCAGACAUGGCAUCCAGAGCACUUCUUCUGCUCUCACUGUGGGGAGGUAUUUGGUGAAGAAGGCUAUCACGAGAAGGACAAGAAGCCAUAUUGCCGAAAGGAUUUCUUAGCCAUGUUCUCACCCAAGUGUGGUGGCUGCAACUGCCCAGUGUUGGAAAACUACCUGUCCGCCAUGGAUACUGUGUGGCACCCAGAAUGCUUUGUGUGUGGGGACUGCUUUAGCAGUUUUUCUACUGGCUCCUUCUUUGAACUUGAUGGACGGCCAUUCUGUGAGCUCCAUUACCACCAACGCCGAGGAACCCUCUGCCAUGGAUGUGGGCAGCCCAUCACCAGCCGCUGCAUCAGUGCCAUGGGGCACAAGUUCCAUCCCGAGCACUUUGUGUGUGCCUUCUGCCUGACACAGCUGUCAAAGGGCGUCUUCAGGGAGCAGAAUGACAAGACCUAUUGUCAAUCCUGCUUCAAUAAGCUCUUCUCACUAUAAACGUACCCAAUUCACAGCCUCUUUAAAUAGCUCAUAGAAUUUAGACCAAGACAAGAAAGAAUACAUUGCUGUCAUUGACCUGCUCAGUAGUUUUACAGAGAAUGAAAAGGUGAUGAACAAAUACAGAAACUCUGGGUGUUACAUGACUAGGUUUGCGAUCUUUUCAGACUCUUACUUUAUUUUAAAUUCAGGUACUUGGAUUUAGAUCUAGAUUCUGCUGGCUGGUUCCCCCGCAGAUGUAUUUCACAUAUCUAUUUUCACAAUCUGUUCCUCUACUGCUGCUCUCUUCCUCUCCCUCUAUAUCUUUCCCUCUAUAUCUGAGCAUGGUCAGAUCUGCUGUGCCCCCCCAGAACUUCCCUUCUUCAAGCUUUCCUCAUUUCCCCGUGAAUCAGUGUUGCAUCAUCACUACCUUGCUUGCUUAGGUUUUAUGGUAGAGCUCAUAAGCAUUUUGUGUCUUCUUUCAACGACAUUUCUCUUUUUCAGGGGGAAGUAGAUUUUAACUAACAGCUUUGAUAAAAUGACUUGUGGUUUGAAUGACUCAUUGUCAUAUUACUUGGUAACUAAACUUUCUGUUUGCCAAGUUAACUAGACAAUAUUUGCAAUUAAAGUAAUAUCCUCUCUUUUUCCUUCCACAAAACAGGCACUUUAAAAAAUAAGAUGAAAUUAAAUGAAGAGGCCCUUA